UCCAAAACAUGAUUCAAAAUAAUUCUUACUGACUUUUCAUCCUUUAUUAUUUUGUACAUUCAGAAAAAUAACAUAGCUAUGUUCCAAAUUACUCUGCCUAAUUAUUUAAGGACAUUUCUGAUCUUUCUGUGUUGUUAUUAGAGAUAUAAUACAGAUUUGAGAAACGGACCCCUCUUUUAUAUAUUAAGCUUGAACCAUCCUUUAGGGUCUCAGCUUCCCUGUUUGCAGUGGACCCUACAGGGACAAUGAAUUUAACAUCAACAAAAAAGCUUAUAUUUUACUGUGAGAAGAAAUGGGGAUAGAUUGGAUUUGGGACACAAGCAAGAAUAUGGACUCAGAAUGGAUUCUAAGGUUUGUGCUUGAAGGUGUAUGUUUUAUGAGAUGGAAGCACCAGGAUAGAACACGUAGUGGGUUGGGGAAAGAGAAUACAUUAUGUUUUGACUGGAUAAGUUUGGGAUGUGAUUUAGGGCCCAGGAGGAGAUGCUGAAAUGUGAGUUCCUCCUCUUAAAGGUCUAUCACCAUUUAGAGAGCAACAUUUUCCCAAAUAUUCCACAUGGAAUUUAUGUUACAAAGGCUUCUCAAUACCUAGGGAAACUUAGGAAGUUGGAUAUAAUCAAGAAGAAACUAAUCAAGGACAAUUACUGCAAAGUGCAAGAUUUUAUGGAGGCCAUGAACAAAUUUUUUCAUGACCCCAGGCGUGAGAAAUUACACUUAAACCAGAGAGAAUUUAUGGAGAAUUCCAAAAAGGUCUUCGCUAUUCAGGAAACAAAUUAGAACAGUGCACUGGUGCAGUGCAUGCUGUUGGCACCCUGAAACAUCAUGCUGCUUUCUGGCACAUUUCUUAUCCCCCUGCUGCUAUGAGGUUGGCUGCUGAUGCCACCUCUCCACAAUGUAUUGCUUUGGGCCAAAUGGAGCCAGAUUCACCUGAAUGUUAUAUCUCUGUGGCCUAGGGUGUGGUUCCCACCCCAAGGUUGAAACAACUAUGUUCAGUGACUCCAUGUCCCCCAGGGACUGAAGCUACAACCAUUGUCCAGCUAUGACUACAUCCUUGCUUAGCUUUCUCCUCCAUGGUAUCCUGCAUCCCUUAUACUCCUCCUCCUGAGAGAAUCCUCACAAUAAAUCAUGUAUUCAAGACA